ACGUGAUUUAUCAUCACGUGAUCCGAUUUGGUUGCGGCGUCCUCGGAGUUGUUAUCACAUGACCUAGUAUCAUGUGACCCAAUCUGGUUACGGCGUCCUUGGAGACGCUAUCGCGUGAUACGCGGCUACCGGAAGUGACGCAUUUGGCGUCCCGGAUAUGCGCGCGAGUGUGGAGGUUUAUAAGACAGAGGCUGGGAUACAUCUAGCCAUCUGCGACGUGGAUCGCCAGUCGCAGACGGACGUAUCAUGCCUAUGGCAUUUUGACAUGGGGGUAAGCAGUGGACUGAGCAUUAAUUAUUGUGGUGUUAGGAAGUAGGUUAAUCAGUUUAGUUAUUUAUUGCAGUAACUACACAUGGAUAAUGGCUGGACAUCAUAGGUACUGUACUGUGGUUUUGUGGACAUCAUAGAGGUUUCGUUACCUAGGUGAGGAUUAGGGUCUUGGGGUUGUAACACUGAACCAUUUGCAUAUAUCAUCUGUACUGAAGUUAUUUCCCUCCCACUCCCCUGUUUGUGUAUAGGUGGCAUUAUUAUCUGAAUUCUUUACGUAAUAAACUGGAGGGUCAACCAGGUUCUUGGUGAUUGGACAAUUUCGGUCUGGAGUUAUCUGUAGUAAGGAAGCAACUAUUUUCAGGUCUUUAAUCCAGGUAUAGGCUUUACUACUAAUGAGGUGGUCCAUAUAUAUAUAUGGUAGACUUGGUAUGGCUUUAUCAUGAUUAUUAUUAUUUGCCAUUUUUAGGGGGCCAUUGACUAAGCCUAUUUCCCCCUUUUUCUAUGGAGGAGCCCUUAUCGUAGGGUCCUCACUUUAUCAGUGACUUUAUCAGUGAUUUCGUCCUUGGCUACUUAGAGGUAAUGACAUAUAUAUAUAUGUCUUUAUGUUUUUUCUUUGGGAGCCUUUUUGAGACCACGUUUGGUGUAAAUUAAGGACUUUCAUCUACCUUAUUAUUUUUCCUCUUUUUUGGCACCUGGUUUGUCAUUAAUAGGUACCUAUCUGUUUUCUUCCUUACUCAUCUUCGUUAUCAUCUUCAACACAUCCAUUAUCUACACUAUAAUCUUGACACUUUUUCAUGUCUCAAUAUCUUUUGGCAUGUGAUGUGAUUAUAUUUAUUAUUCUUGCUUUUAUAUGUAGAAUGGAAUAUUUGUGUACUAAAGCUAAUGCUAUGUUUUAUGUGGUAUGUGUGUCUUCUUUCUUUCUAUUCUUCUUUGUUUGUUCUCCCCCCUUUUUUUGCUUCCCGCUACAGGUUGCUACAUCAGUCGGAGGAUAUUCAAAUGAAGCCACAAAUAAGCCUUGCCAUUUUCUAUCUGCAUUUACGUGCUUUGUAUUACAUAUGUGCCUGCUUUGAUGUAUUAUAAUAUAUGUAUAGUUCUAAUUGUCCUUUUAUCCAUUGUACAUUAAGCUAUGCCUCUGUCCAUGUGUUGUACGUUAUCUAUACAUAUUGUCCCUCCAUAUCUCGGUGCUUAUUAGGUAUAUAUGUGUAUACUGUUGUUGCCAUCCCCUGAUGAACCGUUGUAUAUCAUAAGAUACACGGGGAAACGCGUUGGGAUAUACGGUUGUUCAUCAUAGGAGAGCUUAUUCUCUUUUUUAUGUAUUGAUACGAAUUAUUUGCAUUAUUGUUAUUGGGUUUUUUACGAGGAUCAAAUAAAAUUGUGAAUUUUUAGCUACAUGGUUUAAUGUUAUUCUGGUAGAAAAUAGCUAUAGGACACCAUUGUGUCUGACUGUCAGUGAGUUUAAUUUUUGAUAAUAUUAUGGAAGGCUAUCUCGCAGGGUCUUUAAAUUUACAUAAAUGGGCGGCUGAUGCUGCUGAUGUCUUUUCUGAACAAGAGAGUGAUAAGGGUGACAAUGAUACCGUAUCUCUAAAAUCAUUAUUUAGGGAGUUAUAUGAAAUAUAUAAAGAUAAUCUCAAAUCAUUUUGGGAAGUACAGUCACUAGAACACUAUCUAAAAAACAAUAUUGUUCCAAAAGGGUUAAGGGUCAAUAUCUUACCUGCGGAGAGAUCACGAACUGAUAAUUUGUUAAAAAAGUGGGAACAAGAAGCUCUAGCAAGCUCCUUCCGUUUCAUGAAUAUCCUCUUGGAUGAGGAACGAAUCGCUCUUGAUAAUUCAAGUAAGCGUCUAAAAGAAUCUAUUGACGCUAUUUUGAGGUUCAAGACAGAUCCGGAAUUUACUCGUAGGGAAGCUGUAUUGGAGAGCCUAGUUGAUAAAUUCUAUACCUUAUUGAAAAAUCGUAAACAUAAACAGUUUAUACGUGAUCUCUCUGAAUUUCGUGAAAAAAGAGCUUUUGUCUUUCAGGAAAAGACAGUAGGGGAAUAUCCUCUAACGGAGGCAUCAACAUCGGAUCUAGAAUCAUCUGAUUCUGAAAGAAGGGGUGAUUUUGUACGGCCUUUUCCCUCUCCACAAGGUUGCUACAUCAGUCGGAGGAUAUUCAAAUGAAGCCACAAAUAAGCCUUGCCAUUUUCUAUCUGCAUUUACGUGCUUUGUAUUACAUAUGUGCCU